UUUCUCUAUAUGAGGCUCGUUUUAAUCGUCUGGUCUCGUGCAGCUCCGUGUGGUUCACAGUCGCGCAGAUAAAGGCGCGUCGCGUCGCGUCUCUCAGGAGGCGGUGAGAUCGCGCAAUGUGUCUCUCGCAGGAGCGCGCUUUGAACUGAGAUCCGCAAUGACAGUCGGAUCUUUGAGGCUCAGUGUCACGGUGAACAACAGUCUGAGGACCCUGUGCGCGAGAAGAGCAUGAAUUCAGUGGAAACGACCGUCUACUGUUGAAGAAACUACAGGCAGUGCAUUGUGGAGGCAUUGGUGUUCUCAGUUCUUUCAUUGGUGCUGGCUUUGAGAAGUUUGGUCUUUGUGGAAAGAGGGUCUUUCAAGCAUGUUCAGUCCUCCGAGCGGAAAGCAGCAGCCGGCUGGUCCGGGCCUCACAGAUCUGCAGCUGUACAGUCAGUGGCUGGCCAGUAGACACGAGGCCAGUCUGCUGCCCAUGAAGGAAGACCUGGCGCUCUGGCUCUCUAGCAUGCUGGGUGAAGAAAUCACAGCAGAGAGCUUCAUGGACAGGUUAGAUAACGGUUUCCUGUUGUGUCAGCUGGCUGAGACUCUGCAGGAGAAGUUCAGGCAAAACGACUCAGAUGCGAAUUCACCAGGAAAGUCGAUCCCCAGCCGCAGGAUUCCCUGCCGAGCCAGUGCUGCGUCCGGUUCUUUUUUCGCCAGGGACAACACGGCCAACUUCCUGUCAUGGUGUCGAGAGGUGGGCGUGGACGACACCUGUCUGUUUGAGUCCGAUGGGCUUGUUUUACACAAACAGCCAAGAGAGGUUUGUCUAUGUCUGCUGGAGCUGGGAAGAAUAGCAUCCCGAUAUAAGGUGGAGCCACCUGGACUUAUAAAGCUGGAGAAAGAGAUCGAACAGGAAGAGAAGACGCCUGAAGCUCCGCUCUCACCCGCUCCUCCCACUUCUCAAUCUCCAUCUGCUUCUCCAUCCAUCUCUCCAUUCAACAAGACCAACUCCAGCAAGAAAAGCACCGGCAAGCUCCUGGAUGAGGCUGUGAAGCACAUUUCUGAAGAUCCACCCUGCAAGUGCCCAAAUAAGUUCUGCAUAGAGCGACAAUCACAGGGCCGUUACCGUGUUGGAGAGAAAAUGCUUUUCAUCAGAAUGCUGCAUAAUAAACAUGUGAUGGUGCGAGUUGGCGGAGGCUGGGAGACAUUCGAGAGCUACUUGCUGAAGCAUGACCCAUGUCGCAUGCUCCAGAUAUCUCGUGUAGAAGGCAAGAUCUCGCCCAUCUCAGGCAAAUCUCCCAACAUCAGAGACCUCGCGCCCGACAGCUACCUGGUAGUGGCGGCCCACUACAAAAGCAAGAAGUAAAGAAGAAGUGGACUAAAUAAAACAAUGACUUUUAAUGUAGCAUUGAAGCACAGCUCACUGGCUAGCCACUGACACAUUCACUUCCACUGGCUUUUAGAACUACCAUGUGUUAAAAAUCCCAAAACCAAGUCAUGAUAGUGUAGAUCAGCUAGUCUGUGUAUAACAAAGAUACAGGAGGAACCGGAAUACACAAACAAUGGCUUUCUCGUAUACCAGCUUCAUUCUUUUAUUUUUAAUCCCUUUUUGUUUUUUACUGAUUAAAUAUAAAUUGCAUAAUAACCUUAUAAUUCAAUCAUGUCUAUACAGAAUGAAAUCGCUGGAUGAAUUCAAGUAUUCACUUCUACCCUGGUGGCUAUUCUUUUUAGUGCUUCUUAUAUUAUUUGUAUUAAUGAUUUUAUUUUUUUUUUUAUUUUUUUUAUGGGGUAUUAUGUAAAGUUUGCUUUUUUCAAGUGAUUAAUAAAGUAACUCAUUACUUUUAAAUAUCGGAGUUACUUUCUCUAAUAAGUUGAGACAUUGGGAAUGAGGUGCAGAGGCACUUCCUUCAGCCUGAUUUCUGGUGUGAAAGUGCCUUAACAGUUAGCAAAAUAUAACUUUUGGGUUUUUUUGUUAUUAAAAACAAAGAAUUAAACCCAGUCUUAAUCUUUCCCAACACUGUUCAUGCCAAACAUAGGACAGAAUGGGACUAAGUGUGAUGUAAAUGACUAUAUUUAUGCAAUGGUGGUUUGAAUAUCAGAGAUCUCCUGCUGGGACAAUCCAGUGAGCGACAGCUCUGUAGCUCAAAGGAGAAUGACCAGGUUGGAAACCUUGGAUUGCAACAUCAGUGCAAGACAGAAGAGCAUCUCCUGAAGUCAUCCAAGCACAGGAAUCUCUUCUCAUGAGUUCAGUGUGUAAUCCAGUCUCCACAGACAAUAACUCAGUUCAGUAUUGGGUGUAAUCUCACAUUCAAAGCAUGAAUGUGCAAGCAACAAAUCUGCAUUGAAAGCAUUAUUUCUGGUUAAUAAUGUACCAGGCUCUCCAUGGACUUUUCCAGCACCUUGUU